UGCGGCGGAGGUUGCGGUGAAACAAGGCAUCGAUGUGAAAAAUGUAACCAUGCGGCUGGAGAAGAAUAAGACCGGCACACAGGUUGGGCACGAGACUGUGGUAGUGGGUUAUAUCGACGCCCCGAAUGCGUCUGAAGAGGAUGUGAUGGCGUUUGCUGAGAAGCUGCAAAUGCGAUGUCCGGUAGCCAAUUCGAUGCGGGAAAGAAUAGAAUGGCGUAGCGUUUCUUCCACCACGUUGAAACACGACAGUAACAAUGAUGAUAAAAACGACAGCGCCGAUAACAUUCCAAAGGGAACCCCAGGGUUUAGUCGCUACAACUCACCGACUGCCAAAGGAUCUGGCGGGGGUCUGCAGGAUCCUGAUGACCUGCAUCUUCCUCGAAGCAAGCCCCACAAAGAAGAGGAAAGAGAGAAGUAA